UAAAUCAAUCUCUGGUCUUGUUGCAGCACCACCAUGUUGCUGAACCCAAGCCUGCCUAGCCACAACCUGACCCUCGGCGAACCCUUCGCCGAGGCUAGGGCUGCCGCUGGCGGUGAGAAGCUGGCCGGCGUCGACCUGCCGCCUGAACUCGUUGGGCUCGUUGAUCCCCACUGGCUGAGCUUCCCUCCUGCCUCAGACGCCGACCACAUGAUCCUUGGCGUUAUCUAUUUCUUCAUCUUCUUUGCAGGCGUUAUUGGGAACAGCGUGGUGCUCAUUACCUUCCUCACAACUAGGGCAUUGCGAACUUCCUCGAACCUGUUCCUGGCCAACCUUGCCGUCCUCGACUUGGUCAUGAUGUCCCAGUUGCCCAUUUUCGUGGCCAACUCUCUUUACCAAGGACAGGUGCUUGGCACUGUUGGCUGCAAUCUCUUUGGAACUUUGGGAGCAAUUUCCGGAAUGGGAAAUGCUGUUAACAACGUCGCCAUUGCUUACGAUAGAUAUAGGUCUAUUUCCUCCCCUAUGGAUGGUCGUAUGUCAAUGAAGACCGCUGCUAUCUUCAUCGCCUUUGUGUGGUUCUAUGCCAUGCCCUUCUCUCUGAUGCCCGCCUUCGAGAUCUGGAACCGAUACAUCCCUGAGGGAUACCUGACCACUUGCUCUUUCGAUUAUCUGACCGCCUCUCGGGACACCUCCGUUUUCACCAUCUGCAUCUUCGUCUAUGCCUACGUUGUUCCCGUUCUGUGUCUCGUAUUCUUCUACUCCAGGAUCUUGGCCCACGUGCGUGCUCACGAGGAGGCCAUGAGGCUGCAGGCUAAGAAGAUGGGCGUCAAGUCCCUCACCGCUGGCGAUGAGGAGAAGUCCGCCGAAAUCAAGAUCGCCAAGGUCGCAGUUGGAAUUUUCUUCCUUUUCCUGUGCGCGUGGACUCCUUAUGCCACCGUCGCCCUCCUUGGCUGCUUCGGCUCCAACAGGGCCGUGCUGACUCCCUUCGCCUCAAUGGUGCCCGCUGUCUUCUCCAAGACUGUGGCCUGCCUCGACCCCUGGGUCUACGCCAUCAGCCACCCCAAAUUCAGGGAGCACAUUCACAACAAGUUCCCUUGGCUCAUCUCUGCUGGCCCAACUGCAGCCAAGAAAACCUCUGACAGUUCUUCAAUGGCCUCAGCCGAAACUGCCAACAUCUCCGACAAGGCUGAUGCAUAAACGAGCCCUGUUAAGCAGACGAUCGGAUUUAACCGACGACGAACCUCUGAUUUUCCUUAAUCUUUUGGCGAAAACCAACAAUUUCCGAACGAGUGCUUGCACUCUGACUACUUGCAAUUGCGCUCAACUAAUUUGUAAAAGAAGAGCUAUAUUCCAAAGAGGACUGAAUUACCCCCGAAAUAAACCUUGACCCUGCAUUACAAAAAACAAAAACUGCACUUAUUAUUUUCAUUCCAAUUAAUCCACCUCCGCACCAAAUAACUUGAAAAAAAAAAUUAAUGAUUUCAUGCAUGAAAAUACACUCCCAGUAAAAUCAAGUAUGAAUGGCCUUUUUGCCCUUCCAAUUUGAAUUCGGAAAACCGUACAAAGCAUGAACGUGAGAAAGAGAAAAGCUAUUAAUUAAUAGCCAUACGCAAACAGUUUACCAACAGAGGCUUACUAAUACUAUUAGAGGAUUUUUGUGUGCUCUGCCUUUGCUUUGUAUGUGCGAUUAAUCUAUUCAGAGGAAAGCCUU